CACGCACCUUGGCCAGCCUACGUCGGGGCGGUGAAGAAGCACGCGAGACGCCGCCAGCGCCGCCUCAACAAGCUCCUUGUACCCCCGCAGCGCCAUGAGCUCCAUCGGCACCGGCUAUGACCUCUCGGCGUCGCAGUUUUCACCCGAUGGCCGGGUGUUCCAGGUGGAAUAUGCUAUGAAGGCUGUGGAGAAUAGCAGCACGGCGGUGGCCGUGCGCUGCAAAGACGGAGUGGUGUUCGGCGUGGAGAAGCUGGUGUUGUCCAAGCUGUACGAGGAGGGCUCCAACAAGCGGAUAUUCACCGUCGACAAACACGUCGGCAUGGCCGUCGCAGGGCUGCUGGCGGACGCGAGGCAGCUGGCCUCGACAGCGCGUGACGAGGCCGCAAGCUUCCGUGCCAACUACGGGGCCAAAAUCCCCGUCAAGCACCUGGCUGACCGGAUAGCGAUGUACGCCCACGCCUACACGCUCUACAGCUCUGUUCGACCGUUCGGCUGCAGUGUGGUGCUGGCUGCGUACGAGCUGGACGGCCCGCAGAUGUACAUGAUCGACCCCUCGGGAGUGUCCUAUGGAUACUGGGGCUGUGCCAUUGGCAAAGCAAAGCAAGCGGCGAAAACGGAGAUUGAGAAACUCCAGAUGAAGGAGAUGACGUGCAAGGAGCUCGUGAAAGAAGUGGCUAAAAUAAUCUACAUCGUUCACGAUGAGGUGAAGGACAAGGCUUUCGAGUUGGAGCUGAGCUGGGUGGGCGAAGUGACAAAUGGCAAGCACGAACUUGUACCAAAGGACAUUAAGGAAGAGGCUGAAAAGUAUGCAAAGGAGUCGCUGGAAGAAGAGGACGAAUCUGAUGAAGACGACAUGUAACGCAGUAAUUACAUCACCAUGCGUGGCACAGACGCACGUGUACUUUCAAGAAUUAGGCUUCUCAUGCCGUAUUAACGUGUCCCAAAUCGCAUUGCAGUCAGUGUGGAGAACUCUAUCGUGUCCACUGUAUAUACACCAGAGGUUGGUAUGCAGAUUUUGCAGCGGCAUUUGCUGACUGACCCGUCAUUUAAUAGGCUGGGAGUAAAUUGUCCUAAGGCUCAAAAGUACACGUUUUUGGCGAAAAGCAGACUUAAAUUACUGAAAUAAUUUAUGGCACUGUAUGCAUGGUUUCGUAAUCCUGUGUGAAUUAGGAUUGUGUAUAUGGGAUGCACAGAUCAGGUUUGCUUUAGCUGACGUGUUGCCAAAUACGCAGCUUGUGUGCACACCGCACAUUGCGUAUCUCUCGUGUGGUAGGAUAUUGUACCAGCAUUUUACGGGACUUGUGAUGGAAAACAAUGACUUUAGAAGUUUAUUUGGAAAAAAAACACCGCUUUUGUUACAAUAAAGAAACAGUAAAUUGUG